AUGGGGUCUAUAUCAAAGCGCCAGAAGCUUUUUAAGGCAGUGAACCUCAAGGAAACUGAAGAUAGGAUCAGCAAUUUGCCAAACAGUCUUAUUGGCCAUAUUCUAUCUUUUCUUCCAACAAAAUGCGCUGUUCGAACGAGCAUUUUGUCCACCAAAUGGAAGCAAAUGUGGACAUUAAUCAGCAAUCUGGACUUUGAUUCCUCCCAAAUUUCACAUCCUCCCCAGAGUAAUGCUGAUCAGUGCGAAAAGAGUUUCGUGAAGUUUGUUUAUAGGGUACUGCUUUUACUCAAAGUGUCAAGUGUGAAUAAAUUCCGUCUGAGCUAUUCUGGAACUUCUGUAAAUGUUAAUGACUGGGUUUCUGCUGCACUAUCACGUAAUGGUCGCGAAAUCGAUCUCUCCCUCAAUGUGGGCUGGUCUGAUUUGCUGCCUUCCGACCUUUUUACUUGCAACACUCUCGUGAUACUAAAAUUGCGCUUUGUUGCUCUCAGUGUUCCAAAUUUAGUUUGUCUACAAAGUCUUAAAACCCUCCAUCUUGAAUCAGCUGAAUUUAGGGAUGAUGAGUCAAGAAAGAGGCUCUUUUGUAGCUGUCCCAUGCUUGAGGAUUUGGUUUUAAUAUAUUGUGCGUGGGAAAACUUUCUCAGCAUUUCAGCUCCUGCAUUGAAGAGUUUAAUUAUAGAUUGUGUGACUUGGUACGACUGUACUGAAGUGCCUGGGUACAGGUUUGAGCUUAAUGCCCCAAGUCUCCUAUACCUCAAAUAUGUAGAGUAUGUAGCAGAAGGCUAUGCCAUGAAGAACUUACACUCUCUGGGGAGAGCGCAUAUUGAUUUGGGGUCAAGCAUGGAUAGAUUGGAAGUUCGCAGAUCAGUUUAUGGCAUAUCAGCAGCCAAACUUUUUCAGGGUAUUUCUAAUGUUCAUUCUCUUCAGUUAACCGGUGAUUCUAUUGAGGCCCUUUAUUUGUGUCGGUGCAAACUACCCGUGCUGCAUAAUUUGACCUCUUUGGAGCUGGGCGUUAGUAUGGUUGGAUGGCAAUUGCUUCCAGACUUACUUGAAAGCUCACCACAGCUGAGAACUCUUGUUUUUGAGGAGGGACUUUUGAGAACUGAGUUCUCGAUGGAGUACACCUUAAAGUGGGAUCCUCCUCAGCGUGUGCCCGCUUGUUUAUUGUUUCGCCUCAACAUAAUUGAUCUGGGGUCAUUCGAAGGGAGACAGGAUGAGCUGAAGAUUGUGGAGUACUUUCUGAAGAAUGCAAAAGUUUUGAAGACGUUGCGUAUAAGUAUGCAAUUAUUUGGAAACAAAGAAGAUCAGUUGGAGAUUGCCCAAGCCGUCGGUCUGUUUUUGUUGGCAAUUAGUUUGUCAACAUACACCUAUGAUCAAGAUAACGAUUAUAGCGAAGAACUUCUAAUUUGUUUGGUGGAUUUCAUUGGAAGGUGGGUUGUGACAGUGGAGAUUGAUGAUUUGGGGGGCAAAUUGGGUGGGUUUGUGUGGUGGAUUUCACUGGUGGUGGAGGCGGCAAUUGGUGGUACAUGGUGA